AGCAUGAAUCAAGCAGUCUGAUCAUUGAACCUUUGUCUGGAGAAACAGAUCAAAGAAUCAGCCUAACCGGGGACUUAGGGGAUAAUAGAGCCAAGCAUGGCCUAAGUAAAAUUCUUCCGUGGCAAUCGGAUUUAUACAAACGAGACAUAAAAGCCACGACAAUUCCUCCUACCGUCCACCCAUCACACCGGACAAGAAUAUCAUGUUUGCCUAGGAGUUUAGAGGUCAGCACUCAGACACCAGCCUUGUAUUGCAGAAGGAUUCUUCAUUUCAUCAUAUUUGAGACUACAACUUGCGAAAUAUCAAUUUAUUGAACGCCCCCGGACUACCUCGAAAAUGCGUUACCAAGAAUACCUGGAUGCUUACAACAGCCCCGAUGAAAGCGUCAAAUCACAAUUUUACGCCGAGGACUGCCAGUUCCAAUUCGGCGACUUGAAAAUAUCUGGAAGAGAACCAAUGUUGGCCAUGUUUGCUAAGGGUCACGUGGGCGUCAAAGAAGAGUUGCGACCAAUUCAUGUGCUGGAAAGCGAUAACCACAUCCUGGCCGAAAUCGAUGCGUGCUUCAUGCCCUUCAAAGACACGCCGAAUAACUCAUUUCACCCCUUCAAGAAACAUCAGCCAAUUUCAUUCCGAUUCUUCGCCUCGUACGAGAUACGCGACAAUCAGAUUCACUCAAUCCGGCUGGCGCACUGGCCUCAGCCGACGGUUAUCAAGCCGUUCUGAAUGAAUGCGGCGGAGACUCCUCAUAAGGACGUUUGCUGAGAAUAGCCAGGCAGUGCUCGCUACGUAGUUCCCAUGCUGGACCGUAGUUCAAAAUAAGAAGGAAGUUGGGUAAUAGCUCCAAUAAUAAUCCACGAAUUUCAAGUACUUGAGAGUCCGCAGAAACAUCAAGUCCAGGUCACACGUGUGGUGUGAAGCCACAAUCACAACACCUUGUUUGCGAACGCCCCGUGUCAUGUGUCAUGAUACAUCACGCAAACUAGAUUUCGUGCGUCCGAGACCAAAAGUAGGACGGGCGUAAUUAGGGACCUGAGGUGGCCGUGAAAUUUGAAUCCGUCCACCGUCAUCACGUAACCUACCUAAGG